AUGGCCAUCAGCCCGCGGCCUCACAUCAUCAUCAUCGGCAUGGGCCCGGCCGGCCUCGCGGCCGCGGCGCGCCUCAAGGGCACCGGCAUCCAGUUCACUAUCGUCGACAGCGGCAAGGCCGUGCAGGAUCGCGAUCGGUACCUGCCCGAGGACGCCACCCGCGGCCACGGAGGCGCGGGCCUCUUCUCCGACGGAAAGUUCUCCUUCUUCCCCUCCGCCUCGGAGCUGUGGUCCCUGCCGCGCGAGGGCGACCUGCACGAGGCCUACGACUGGACCUGCAACGUCCUCAACCAGGCGGGCCUCGAGACGCCGCCCUUCCCCAGCAACCCGGACGCCUACUCGGUGGCUGGUAUGGUGGAGAGCGACGAGUGGAAGCUGAAGGACUAUCCCUCAGACUACCUCUCUCUCGAUGCGCGCCUGCGGCUCGUCAAUGACAUGGUCAGCGACAUCGACGGCGCCGUCAUGAACGAGUGCAAUGUCCGAAACGCCACGUACCACGCGGCGUCGGACUCCUUCACCGUAGUCGUCGAGGACCGUGCGACGGGCCAAAUCACGCGGCUCAGCGCGAACAGACUCCUCGUCACGACCGGCCGGUUCGGCCCGCUCGAGGCCAGCCUGCGCCGCAUGACGCGGCAUCACCAGUUCCACCGGCUGGAGGUAGGGUUCCGCAUCCAGCAGCGCAGCGAGCGGGCCUUCUUCCGGGCCAUGCCGCAGCUCGACCCCAAGCUGCGGGUGCGCGAGAGCGACGGCAGCGUCGAGUGGCGCACCUUUUGCGUCUGCCGCCAGGGCGAGACGUGCCUGACAGAAACCAACGGGCUGUGGACGGUCUCCGGCCGGUCCGACUGCCCGCCGACGGGGCGCUCCAACUCGGGCUUCAACACGCGGAUCCUGGACCAGGAGCUGGCGCGCAAAUCGCUGGACCGCGUGCUCGCGGCCAUGGGCCGGCCCGAGGCGCACUUCCAGCUGCCCACGCAGGGUCUGCUGCGGGGCGACGCCGAGGUCGUCGCGGCGCUGGACGAGAUCUACGGCCCGGAGCUGGUCGUCAAGAUGACCGAGGGCCUCCGGCGGCUGUCGCAGACGUACAGCGACCUGGGUGACGACGAGGAGGCGACGAUUAUCGGCCCGACGCUCGAGGGCAUCGGGUGGUACCCCAAGGUCGACGGCAACCUCAGCCUACUCGACGCGCCGGUUUGGGUAGCGGGUGACGCCUGCGGGCUGUUCCGCGGCAUCGUCGCCGCCAUGAUCAGCGGCCACUACGCCGCGGCCUCGGCUAUUGACGAGCUCGUGCAGGGCGCGCAGGUGCGGCUCAUGGCGCUCGCGGACCAGACGCCGAUUGAGAUGGCGAUGUCGUCUAGCAAGCGGUGCCUCAAAACGCUACCGGCAGCGAUCGAGUGCGACGGACCAUGUUGCUCUUUGGCGGGUGUGUAA